AUGGCUGAAAAUCCUUCUCUUGUCAAAUCAUCUUCCUCCAACCCACCCGCUCCUUCCCUUCUUUCUCAUCUUUCUCAGCUUCUCUAUGCUAAACUCACCAACGACAAUUUACUGCUAUGCCGCACUCAUAUGAUACCUUAUCUCAAAGGUCAGCAGCUAUUCCACUACGUGGAUGACUCUGUCCAACCCCCUCCUCGUUUUCUCCAGGAUAACACCACCCCCAAGCCAGAGUAUCUCAACUGGACUCAAACCGAUCAACUUAUCCUUAGUGCCUUAAUUUCCUACCUCUCAGACAAUCUCAUCGCCCAAGUUGUUGGCCAUACUACUGCCCGAGGUGUUUGGGCUGCUCUUGAAAGACUUUUCACUUCUCAAUCUCAUGCACCUCGUAUCGAACCCCUUUCCCCCGAAGAAUUAUAUGGCCUGCUACUCACUCAUGAAAAUCGGCUCUCUCACUCCACUCAUCUACCUACUCCCAGAAAUUUCUCGACAAACUUCACCUCAAAUUCUCCCACUCGUGGCCGCGGUUCCAAUCAUAGUUUCCCCUCUCGAGGUGGAUACCGUGGUCGUGGCCGAGGUCGCACAUCCUCUGCUCCUCCCCAAAAAUUCUCCUCCUUUUAA